AUGAGAUUUGGAACAUGGAACAUUCGCACCUUGUAUAAAGCUGGAGCAUUAAAGAGCCUGAUAGAUGUAUUUGUUGACUACAGACUUGACAUCCUCGCAACCCAUGAAAUCAGAUGGUUGGGCAAUGGAAUUAUGGAUAAAAAGGAUUGCAGAAUAUACUACAGCUGCCAGGACAAAAUUCACCAAUUCGGUGUAGGUUUUGUCGUGAGAAAAAGACUGAGAAAUACUUUCAUCGACUUCCAGGCUAUUAGCAUGAGACUCUGUAAAAUCAGGCUAAAAGGAAAACAUUACAAUACCACCUUAAUCUGCGCUCAUGCACGAACUGAAGAAAAAGAUGCUUCUGAAAAAGAUAUCUUCUAUGACCUGUUGAUGAGAAGCAUUAACUCGUGCCCCGCACAAGACAUGAAGAUCGUUAUCGGAGACUUCAACGCUAAAAUUGGAAAAGAGCAACACCUUAGAUACCACGCGGGUGCUGAAAGCCUGCACCACUACACGAGUGAAAAUGGACAGAAACUCUUUGAUCUUGCUGUCUCAGAGAAUCUGUUUAUUUCUAGCACAGCAUUCCCACAUAAAGAAGUCCACAAGCACACCUGGCGAUCCCCAGAUGGAUCUGCACAUAAUCAAAUUGACCAUCUACUUGUGGACAAGAGACACCGCAGCAAUGUGCUUGAUGUGAGAAGCUGUAGGGGUGCAAAUGUAGAUACAGACCACAUACUCGUCGUGUCCAAA